AUGCCUAGCUCGCGAGUUUAUCACCACGAGGAGGAUGCCGUCAAUAACCUCACUGCUCUCAUCAAUCCGAAGAUUGACGUCCGAGACAACGUCAAAUCCGGCCGAGAGGUCAAGGUCCGAGAGAGGGUGACAUCUAUCGGCAUCAUCACGGGCACCGCGCGGAAGAAAUUCACCGGAGUUCCGAAUUGA